AUCCCAAUAGACAUUAUGGACCUUGAGGAAGUGGGAGCCGGAUUGAGAACGGGGCUGUUCCGCCUGAUGCUGCAUGAAGUGGCCCAGCAUCCUGGUAAUGGCUCCUCCAGCUGCGGGCGACCUUAUUUCCUCCUCCCUAUAGAAGCCGGCGCGUCCUCCAUCUCCGCUUUAUAGGGUCUUCCCACAGAGAUCCAUCCACCAACUACCAUCCGUUGAACGGAUGGUCCAUAAGGUUUUGCCGUUCUGAAAAUUUCCCAGUUAGUUCCCCAUCCAAUUUUAACGGACUACUUUAUGCGAUAGUUAGGCGAUAAUUUUGGGUGGAAACCCUAAACUCUUCUUCUUGAAAGUGGAAAGUGGAACAUUCACUACAAAAACGUAAACAAUGAUGACGGGAAACUUUUGAAAAUGGAAGGCGACAAAGCAAUAGUCAAUAAUACGCGAACUGCCGGUGGCAAACUGAGGUGGGCUAAGCAGAUGGAGGUCCUGCUCAUCGACAUUUGGCAGGAGAACAUCGAGGAGUUGCGCGGAGCCAGAAAAAAUGUCCAUAUAUACAUGGAGAUGGCCCAGACCCUAAUGGAAGCUGGGUUUGAUGUGUCCUACAAGGACGUCCGAACGAAAAUAGAGAACCUUACCAAAAAGUACAGGCAGGAAAAAAAUAAACUGGGGCCAAGCGGUGGCGCUCCUUCCUCGUGGCAGCAUUAUGAGUUGGUCCACUCGUUUUUAGGCGCAUACCGCAUCCACAAUAUGGAGCAGAACACCUUGGAGAACGAGAAUACUAGGGAAUACUUUGUGGAGCUCUUGGAUGUCGGCCCAGAUGACAGGGAAGCCUCUACCCGCAGCGGCAGUCAACGCUCAGGCAGCACUGCGCCCCUGCUAAGCGCGCAAAGGUGGACCAUAAGUCGGAGCUUGUAGAGAUUGCUCGAGAAAGACUGGAGGAGCAGAGGGCGCAGACAGAAAUAUUGUCGAGAAUGGCAGACAGCCAGGCAAAAUUCCAAUCUGAUUUUUUGGAGCUUUUAAGAAAAUCAACUAAUUCCUAAUAAAUUUAUAAUUUAUAAUAA